AUGAGCUUAUUGGAUAUAUGCAGAACUCGUAUCUUGGAAGAAAUUAUUAGUCCAGUAAGGGCUCAAUUAUCUUCUACAACAGUUAGUAACUACAUGAUUAUGGUAGUAGAUAGUAUUACACUUAAAAUACUCUCAGCAUGCUGUAGUUUCUAUGAUAUUUUGGAGUCUGGAGUAACUAUUAUAGAACUAAUUGAAAUGAAACGCCAAGCCUUACGAAAGAUGGAUUGCAUAUACUUUUUGACAAAUAAAAAAGAGAGUAUGGAUUUCUUGAUUGGUGAUUAUUCUAGUAAAGAUAUGUAUAAAUCAGCACAUGUAUUUUUAACAAGCUUCAGGGGGAAUAAAAACAAUAUUUUUGAUGAAUUAUGUUCAAAUGAGAGAAUUCUCAAAAAAUUAAAGUCAUUGAAGGAAUUUAAUUUAGAUUUUAUUCCAUAUGAUAGUAAGUCAUUUUAUAUUGAACCAUCUAGUUGUUUUACCACAACUCUUGGUUUAUCAAAUAAUUCAUUGCAAUCCUUAAUAUAUGGAAUUUAUACUUUUUGUAAAACAAUAGGUAUUACCUCAAAACCACUUAUUCGUUAUCAGAACAAUCUGAAUAUAGAAACUAAUUCCAUGUGUCGUCAAAUAGCUGAUAAAAUUAAUAAAUUAUUUAUGAUAAAUCCCGAUAAAAAAGUGUCUGAGACUGUUGAUUCAUCAUGUAUUGUGCUACUAUUAGAUAGGAGCUUUGAUAGUGCACCAUUGUAUAUACAUGAUUAUUAUUAUCAAGCCCUUGCAUAUGAUUUGUUGGAAAUUCCAGUUACUACUGGAAGGUCUUUAGCGAAUAUAUCUUAUAAUAAUGAUGAUAAUAAUAUGGAAACUAAUAAGAAUAGUGAAAUUACAAAACCUUCAAAUAUAAGCCGGUCAAUAUCACUUGGAAAUUCUGGACUUAAUUCAAGUAAAAAUUUUAAAAAUAGUUCAGAAUUUAAAAAUAAGGGUGAUGACUCAUACGAAUAUUACGUUACAAAUAGUUCUGGAUUAAAUGAUAAGAAAGUUGUAAUAUUUGAUGAAAGAGAUGAUUUGUGGGUUAAUUAUAGACAUAAACACGUUCAAAUGGUUAAUCAUAGUAUAACAGAAGAAGUUUUAAAAUUUACCCAUACAAAUGUAACAGCAAAAAUUCAUCGUAGCAACUUACAUGAGCAAAAUGAAAAUUUAAAUACUAAUGAUACUAUAAUGGCUAUUAGAUCUCUUCCUCAAUAUCAACAAACACUUUCAAAAUAUUGGACACAUGUCAAUUUAACAGGUGAAUGUUUUAAUAUACUUAAAAAAAAAAAUCUUAUAAAUUAUGGAGAAAUUGAACAAAGUAUUGCUACAUUUAUAGAUUCAGAAGGUAAGAAUAUCAACUUAAAUAAAACUAAAGCAACAAUUCUACAAAUUCUUCAAAAUAGUAAUAGUAAUGGAACACUUAUUUUAAAUAGUAACUUUUCAAAUUCUAUAACUAUAACUGAUAGAAAGGAUCGUUUACGAUUAGUUUUGCUAUAUCUAUCACAAGUUUAUGGUGUAAAUAAUGAAGAUUUGCAUAUAUUUUUUAAUACUGGUAAUUUUUCAGUUGAUGAACAAACUGUUAUUAAAAGGUUACUAGGCCUUGGUCUUUGUGGUUCUUUUGAUGAUAUUGCAGCUGGAACAGGACGUCAUAUACAUAGACUUGAAUAUACAAAUAAUAAAGAGAGACUUAAAUACUUUAAAAAUAGGCUACGUUCGGCUGAAUUAGAAUUAUCGAGGUAUGAACCUUUUAUUAAAACACUUGUUUAUUAUAUAAUAAAUUCAAUAAAUAACAACUCAUCAAGUAUUGGUCUAUGUUUUAAUUUCAUGAAUCCAAACUUCAAUUUGAAUCAAAGCUAUCCACUUGUACAAGCUUCAUUAUAUCAAGAUGGACAAAACUCAAGUUUAGAACGUUUUCCUUCAUUUUCUAGAAAUCAGAAAAAAAAAAAAAUUAUUAUUUUUAUUGUUGGUUCAUUGACAUUUCCUGAAAUCAGAUGUAUAUAUGAAAUUUCUAGGGAAACUGGCUUCGAAGUUUACAUUGGAGGAUUAAAUAUUACUACUCCAAAUCAGCUUAUUGAACAAAUUUUGUAG